GAAGGGGCUAUGCCCGGUUAAUUUCUUAUUCGCUCUUGUCGAUAUCUGUUGUGCUUACCUUUAUGCCUCCAGAGAUAAAUUCGUAAGCUGGGUCUACCAAAUGCAUGAGAUACCACGGUUAUAUAUCAUUUUGGAUGCGCAGAUACUGUGAAAAAAUUGAGGGCCUAUGAAUUUCAUCAAAGCUUUGAAUCACAAACCCGCCUUCAAACCAAGCAUAAAUCUCUCAAUCCUAGAGGCCCACCUGCCCAAAUGCCAGAGUCCCAAACAGCUGAACCAAGUCCUCUCCCAAAUGAUCUUCACUGGGUUCAUCAGGGACACCUUUGCUGCCAGCAGAGUGCUCAAGUGCUCGGCCGACUCACCCUUCGUUCACAUUGAUCACUCCCUCCAAAUAUUCAACCACAUCGAGAACUCAAAUGGGUUCAUUUGGAACACCAUGAUGAGAGCAUAUGUACAAAGAAACUCUCCUGAAAAGGCUAUAUGCUUGUACAAGUUGAUGUUGGAUAGGAAUGUGGGUUGCGAUAAUUACACGUACCCAAUUCUAGUGCAAGCCUGUACUAUCCGGUUAUCGGAAUUUGAAGGGAAAGAGCUGCACAAUCAAGUUUUCAAAACGGGUUUUGAUUCGGAUGUUUAUGUACAGAACACAUUGAUUAACAUGUACGCAGUGUGUGGAAAUAUGGGUGAUGCACGUCACUUGGUUGAUGAAAGUCCAGUUUUGGAUUCAGUUUCAUGGAAUUCGAUUUUGGCAGGGUAUGUUCAGAUAGGGGAUGUUGAUAAUGCCAAGUAUAUAUAUGGUAUGAUGCCGGAAAGGAACACAAUUGCUUCAAAUUCUAUGAUUGUAUUGUUUGGCAGGACAGGUCGCCUGAUUGAGGCUCUUCAGUUAUUUAAUGAGAUGCCAGAGAAAGAUAUGGUGUCAUGGAGUGCAUUGAUUUCUUGUUAUGAGCAAAAUGAGAUGUACGAGGAAGCUUUGGUUCUGUUUAUGAAAAUGAAGGCUAAUGGAAUUAUGGUCGAUGAGGUUGUGGUGGUUAGUGUUCUUUCUGCGUGUGCUCAUUUAUCACUUGUCAAGACAGGGAAAAUCAUCCACUGCUUGGUUGUGAAAAUUGGUAUUGAAUCUUAUGUUAACCUUCAAAAUGCUUUUAUUCACAUGUAUUCAACAUGUGGGGACAUAAUAGCAGCCCAAAAACUGUUCAAUGGAGGCUGUCACUUGGAUCAGAUAUCUUGGAACUCCAUGAUUUCUGGCUACUUGAAAUGCGGAUCAGUUGAAAUUGCCAAAAAGUUAUUUGAUUCCAUGCCCAACAAGGAUGUCGUGUCUUGGAGUGCAAUGAUAUCGGGGUAUGCUCAGCAUGACCAUUUCUCCGAGACAUUGGCACUUUUCCAGGAGAUGCAACUUGAUGGACUUAGCCCUGAUGAGACAACUUUGGUUAGUGUAAUAUCAGCUUGCACUCAUCUGGCUGCCCUUGAUCUAGGCAUAUGGAUUCAUGCUUAUAUAAAGAAGAAUGGUCUAAAGGUUAACGUCAUCUUGGGUACCACCCUUAUAGACAUGUACAUGAAAUGUGGGUGUGUGGAAAAUGCAUUGGAAGUUUUUUAUGGCAUUGAGGAAAUGUGGGUUUCAACUUGGAAUGCUCUCAUUCUUGGUUUGGCAAUAAAUGGGUUGGUAGAUAAGUCGCUUGACAUGUUUUCUGAGAUGAAGAGAUGUGGUGUAGUGCCUAAUGAAAUAACAUUUAUGGGAGUUCUUGGGGCUUGUCGACACAUGGGCCUAGUAGAUGAAGGGUAUCGACACUUCAAUUCAAUGAUUCAAGAGCACAAGAUAGAACCCAAUAUUAAGCACUAUGGAUGCAUGGUAGACCUUCUAGGGCGUGCUGGUAUGCUCAAAGAAGCAGAGGAACUCAUUGAAACUAUGCCCAUGGCACCAGAUGUUGCUACCUGGGGUGCCUUGCUUGGGGCUUGCAAGAAACAUGGUGACAAUAAAAUGGGGGAGAGAGUAGGAAGAAAGCUCAUUGAGUUUCAGCCUGACCAUGAUGGGUUCCAUGUGUUAUUGUCCAAUAUAUAUGCUUCAAAAGGUAAUUGGGAUGGUGCUCUUGAAGUUAGGGGCAUGAUGAUGCGACAUGGGGUGGUGAAGACCCCAGGUUGUAGCAUGAUUGAAGCAAAAGGAGUAGUUCAUGAAUUUCUAGCAGGAGAUAAGGCCCAUCCUUGGAUGAAGGAGAUUGAGGAUAAGCUGGAUGAAAUAGCUAAGAAAUUAAAAAUGGAAGGUUAUGCACCAGACACAAAUGAAAUUUCCCUUGAUAUUGAUCAAGAAGAGAAGGAAACCUCUCUGUUUAGGCAUAGUGAGAAGCUUGCAAUUGCCUUUGGGCUUAUUGCUAUCAGUCCACCAACACCAAUAAGGAUUAUGAAGAAUUUACGAAUAUGUAAUGAUUGUCAUGCAGCAGCUAAGUUCAUUUCUAGAGCUUUUAAUCGAGAAAUUGUGAUCAGGGAUCGGCAUCGCUUUCACCACUUUAAGCAAGGUUCUUGUUCAUGCACGGACUAUUGGUAGUAAUAUAUUAUACACAAUGAAAUAUAUUUCAAUGUCAUUGAUCAUUCACCUUAUUCCCCGAGAGCUUAUCCAGUUCUGGCUGUACAAUAGACAUCUGCUUCACUGCUGCCUGAUAGUUUGCUGUGAAGCUUGAUAGUUUUACAGUCCAAGUUGCAUGCUGGUGAACCACCAUGGCAGCAAUUAAUUACUUACUGGCAAUGAUUGAUGCAGCACCACUCUUGUGAGACUUGAAGAUAGUUCCUACGAUGAAAAGGAAAAUUUGGAAGGCUAAGGCCUAUAACGAGGCUUUAAGGAAAGCAGGACCCUUAAUUGUACCACAUAAAAAGGGCAAUUUGGAAGAAGGGGGAAUGGUUGGGGGAAGGUAUACGAUCGAUAGAUUCCUUCAUUACUGAAAUGGACAUCAAACAUGUGUUUGGCAUGCUUGUUUUUGUAUUUCUAAGGCACUAAUGGUAAUGCAUCCAACGGUGUGAAAUUGAUUUAAGUCAAGUCACUGUGACAUUUGGAAAUACUGUGGAAUUGCACCUGAGAAACUAACUUUGCAAAUUAUCUUUGGAGACUGGAAAAUAUUGGGAAGAGAGCUUUGAAGCAAUCUUCGUCCAAAUUGGUGAAGUAUAGCGGUAAAGUCAGAGCAACAUUAAUCAAGGAGCAGGCAGUUUAUUGUGGUUCCUUGAAACGAUAUAUUCAGCUAUUUAAAUGUUAAUGCAUAUACAUUGUUGUUGUGUGAAAUAUGCAUUUCUUUUAGUUGCAGGUUACAUAAAGAAACUCACCUGUGGUCUGAGUGUACUGAGAUGGAUAAUCUCUAGGAGGAAAGUUGUUCCCUUCGAAUGGUAUCCUUACUGUGAGUUGUGUUGAUAAUAGGUGAUCUUAUCCUAAGAAACAAAAAAGUAGGUUGAGGUUAGCUCCCUUCCAGGUAAUUGUUCUUUUGGGAAUUAGAUUAUCAAGUUUGCAUCAGCACUAGAGAGGCUGUCGUAUUGGUCUUUCAGUGUCAGAUUGCUUCUAUUAACACCUAAGAAAUAGAAUUGCUCUUUGUACAUGUUUGGUCCUUUCCUGCAUAAACAUCAAAUAUUUAUUAAUGGCAGGGGCUUUAAAAAUAAACACCAUAUUUCUCAA